CAGGACUCGGUACUAGAUCAUCUCCUUGCCAGAACAUCAAGCUGCUUAGUCAUAAAGGAGGGCGAGCGGACACAUAAGAGUACUGAAGCAUGGGGCAGUUGAAAAUGCACACAGCGACCCAAUUCCAGAAAGCUGAUGGGUCGCGGUUAUAUUGCGUAAAACGUCUCUCGCCAGCGCUUACCAAGCGGUGCGUCAGGACAGCAGUCGACGAUAGGCAAGCAUGCUCGCCGAGGCUCAGGCCUCUAAGGGCAGCUACUGCGCCUGACGUUUCAAAUGGAAGUUACUAUGGUUACGGGCAAGAAUACCCUGAUACUGCGGGACCGGACAACUUCUCCGCUUUGGCGUGGCCCCCUCCAUGCGAUGUUCCGGGCGCUCGCAUUGAGCCCGUUACUCCACAGCCUGCGGAAGCCCUACCAUUCCUCUUGUACCUCCCCGACAUUGAUGGCGCUGGGGUUACGAGCUGCCGACAAUGGGAGGAAUGGUCCGCAAGCUUCGACAUGCACGCGGUUUUCUUGGACCCGGAGUGCACCUGCAGCUUUGCCGAGCUGGCUGCAGGCAUCCGCCGCUGGCUGACUUGCGCACUGGCCGGAGUGCCGCCGCAGCGGCCGGUGUACCUGCUGGGCGAGGGAUUCGGGGGCGUGCUGGCGCUGCAGCUGGCGUGGGACUGCAGGCGCCUCGUCAACCGCCUCAUCCUGGUCAACCCCGCCACCUCCUACGCCGACUCCCAGCUCGCCCGCCUCACCCCGCUGCUGGAGCGCCUGCCGCCCGCACUGCUCAACGCGCAGCUGCCGCCGCCGCCCGCGCUGCCGCAGCUGCCGCAGUUCCCCCAGCUGCCCCAGCUGCCGCCGCUGCUGCUGCCCUCCUCGGGCCCGCUGGCGCUGCCGCUGGCGCUGGCCCCGGUGCUGGGCACCAGUCCCCGGGCGCUGCUGCGGCAGCUGGCGGGCAGCAUCAGCGCGCAGCAGCCGGCGGAGGCGGUGCAGGCCCUCCGUCGCGCGCUGGAGCAGGUGGAGCUGCUGUCCAGCCGCCUGCCACCCGCCGCCUUCCUGCACCGCCUCAGGAUGCUGCAGCAGGGCAUCAAGUCCGUGUCCCCCCGCCUGCCGUACAUCCCACAGCGCACCCUGCUGCUGGCGGGCGGGGGCGAUGUGCUGCUGGACUCGGAGCGGGAGGCGAGGAGACUGGAGGGCACCCUGCAGCGCGCGUUUAGGAAGGUGCUCCCCGAGUGCGGCCACGCGCUGCUGCACGAGCCGGGCGGGGCGCUGCUGCCGCUGCUGGCGGCGGAGGGCUUCUACCUCACCGCCCGCCGCUUCAGCUCGCCGCUGCCGGCCGGGGCGGACGGCAACUGCUUCGGCAGCGCGGGGCCCGUGGAGGUACCCAACGAGCAGGAGAUCCGCCGCUACGCCGCCGCCUGGACCUCCCGCCUGCGUCAGCUCAACAGCCCCGUCUUCCUGUCCACCCGCGCGGACGGCAGCCGGCAGCUGGGGCUGGGGGGGCUGCCGGACUGGCGGGGGCGGCCGCAGCGGCUGGGCUGGGAGGGGGGGCAGCAGCAGGCGGAGGGGUGGGGCGGCGCGGGGGCCAGCGAUGAUGGCGGUGGCGAGGCGCUGGGUGACGGUCCGCUGCUGUUCGUGGGGAACCACCAGCUGUACGCCUUCGACAUGUCGGUGAUGGUGGAGGAGGUGCUGACUCAGCGCGGCAUCCUCAUGCGCGGACUGGCGCACCCGGGGCUGUUCAGGCAGCCGGCACCCGAGGGGGAGGGGGAGGGGGAGGGGGCGGAGGGGGCGGAGCCUCAAGCCAGGAGACCGGAGGCCAGCAGUAGCAGUAGCAGCAGCGGUGGUAACAGGGGUAGCAACAGCAGCCCGAGCAGCACGGGGGGCCGGCGCGAGGGCGAGGAGAUGCUGCCCCCCGCCUUCAUGGGCAACAUGUUCCAGUCGUUCGGGGCGGUGCGGGUGACUCCCACCGCGCUGUACCGGCUGCUGGCGGCAGGCGAGGCGGUGCUGCUGUACCCCGGGGGGGUGCGGGAGGGCUUCAAGCGGCGGAACGAGAAGUACGAGCUGUUCUGGCCCGCCAGGUCGGAGUUCGUGCGCAUGGCCGCUCGCUUCGGCGCCACCAUCAUCCCCGUGUCGGCGGUGGGUCUGGAGGACUCGCUGCAGAUCGUGAUGGACGCGGACGACAUCCGGCGCAGCCCGAUGUGGAGUGCCCGCGCGCAGGAGCAGGUGGCUGCGGCCCCGCGCGCGCGGGUGGGUGUGAGUGCGGACUCGGCGCUGGACGAGAGCUUCAUCCCGCCACUCAUCGCGCCCUCCGUGCCCUCGCGCUUCUACUUCCUGUUCGGCCGCCCGCUGCGCACCUCGCCGCACAUGUACCGCGACAAGGCAGCAUGCGACCAGCUCUACCAGGCUGUGCGGGCCGAGGUGGAGGGCGGCAUCAGCUACCUGCUGCGCAAGCGCGAGCAGGACCCGCACCGCGACUUCCUGCGCAGGCUGGUGUACGAGCAGAACCCGCCCUUCGGACCGAGGCGGGUGGCGCCCACCUUCAAGCCCUGAUGGCCAGCAGCCGUCGGCGGUGUCGGGGUGUGUGUUGGGGGGGAGGGAGGGUGUGGAGAGGAGCGGUGCUUGUGGUCCAGUGGUAAUACCGCUGGUAGUAGUACGGUAGUGGUACCCGUUAUAGUGAGUACUGAGCAGGCGGCAUGCGGUGGCGGUGGGAGACGGCGCGCGAUGUCGUGAAGAGGAGGUCUCCUUGUACAUGGUAUGUUGGUGUACGGAUUGUUGCACAUUGGUGCUAUUCCUGUCUUGCGGGUGCAGGCGGGUGCAGGCGUGUUUCUGAGGCCUGGGCGCCCCUGCAGCAUGUUGGGGCGGAGGGCGCCGAGCGUCAUGCCGGUCUCGUGUAGCUAUAGGUUAUCAAGCCGACCCCUCGUGUUUAUACUAUAUUGCCUUGCAUUCUUUUUCUUUCGUGGACUUUUAUUCUUUGAAUUCGUGUAGAUGGGGCCCUCGGCCAGGACGUCAGAUGACCCGUGGGUCAAGCACUGCACCUACCACUCAUUAUUUCACAGUUUCGGGGGUGAUGAGAGGCGGCACCGGGAAGUGAUUGCCAGGGGAAGAGGCGGACAUUCCCUGUGGCCCUUACGUACGUUUUUGGAUUUCCUCCGCUGCGGACUCAAGCGGUACCGAGGGAGGUGUCGUGUGCUGACUAGACGCGAGAGGCGCUGGUAUGGCGUGCAAUGAAGCAGGAGGGAGAAGGACAGCGCCAGGA